UCCAAAACACCCAGCUUUUGCCGGUCUGACCGUUCUCUCUCCCAGUGGUGGAAACUGAGUUAAGAAUUUGGUGGGGAUUGUUGUAUGCUGAUAUAAUGGGCUCAGUUCUGUGUUCAAAAGAGGUCAGUGUGGGCACAACGGAAGGAAAUGAAUGGAGUUGUGUAAAAGCAACAAAGAAGCAUGAUGAAAAAAAGGAAAUUCAAGAACUAACCAAGGAGGAGGCAACAGUUGCAGAAGCAGCAAAGAAGGGAGCACUGGAGAUUCUGCAAGAUGCCCUGAAGAAAAAAGACAAGGUGCUGAUGAAGGUCCCUGAGAAAGUAAUCCUUGAGGGAGAAGACAGAGGUGCAUUUUGGAUGGAACGCCAUGCAAUACUGACAGAACGUUUAGUUAAGGACCUCCUUGCAGAACUUGAAAAAGUGACUUUUAAGAAGGAUAUUACCAAGAUACAUUACAUUGCAUACGUAUACCCAAAAGAUGAGAAAAGAACCAUUUACUUGUGUGACUAUUUCUGGAAGUCUCCCAAGUAUCUUGAAAGAACAUCCCAGCCAGGCACACUCAUCCAUGAAGUAUCUCAUUUCCUUAAUUUUGAAGACCUCACCUAUGAAGAAAACACUAUUUAUCUUGGUUGCAAAGGUUCUGUGAUAAAAUACUGCACAGAAAAUGGUUCAGCCAUCUCUCUUCCCUUCUGGGCUAGCCUUAGUAAAGCCUUCUGGAAUGCCAACAAUAUUAAGUUUGAGUUUGCACUCACUAUAAGCCACAAGGGAAAGUUUGAGGAUGGCAAAUACUCCUGCUGUGGGGAAACUGAAAGGUAUUCUGUGUGUGCGAAAUCAGUGCCUGACCAAUUCCACUCUUGCAAUGUUGAUGAAAUGUGGAAAACAGACAUAGUUCUAAAUAAACAACUUCAAGAAGUACAGACCCCGCUACCCUGGAUGAUACGGAUCAUCAAAGAUAUUAUUUUUUUAACAAAAAUGGCAGAACUGAUGAGAAACUACAAUCAGAAGACCACGUUGUCUGAAUCCCCCAUACAGUCAACCAAUGAGACAGAAGACUGACUACACAGUAAAGCCUCAUCUGGAAGCACCCUUGCUCAGAAAAAUGAGAUAAUUAUUUCACAAUUGAUGUACCAUGAGAAUUUUUUUAUUAUUAUAACAGCAGUUGACAUCAUUACUCUUAUUACUAUCCUCUGAGUCACGGACCAAAAUGUUUCCAUUAAGUUACCCACCAAAGCUCAACUUGUACACACUAAAUCAAAACUUAUAUAAUUUAAUGACAGCCUGGAAUAUAUCAUCUAACCUUCUUUGAAUGAAGGUUCAAAGGAAGUGAGGCAGGUGGCUACUAGGAGGAGGGCUUUCUCCUCUGUGGCACCCCAGCUGUGGAAUGAGCUCCCCAGA